GAUUGAUUAUUGAUAGAUUCAGUCUGUCAAUCUCAACCCAAAUUCGGACUAUAGAAUGUGUUAAAAAUGAAGGUAUUGUCCAAUUCCAUGCGCAUAUGACAUCUCUAAUUUAAAACAAUCUAAGAUUAGGCAUCGCUGUAAGGUCAGAUCUGUGGUGCCAGAGCUGCACAGAAGUAUCUGUUGGAGAAUACCUUCAUGAGGCCAACAGCUGCAACACAAAUCCUGCCUUUGUUUUAGACUUAAUAGAAAGUCUCUUGGCACAUUGUGCCAAGGCCAUAGCAUCAAACGAUAAACCUAAUGCUAUCUGACAUUGGAUACACUUCUCCUGGGUUGGCUGUAGUUAGAGAUAAGUAAAAUUCCUAUGUGGUCACCCUUCUGCUGUCAUAAAGUGUAGCUGGAGUGUAAUUGCGGACACCAUCAAAUCUUGAAUGCAUAGAUGAGCUUACGUAGGAGAUGUAUAAAAAAUGGGACUAUUUUGUGGGACUUUAUAAACCAGCAUGUUAGAACAUCAGUCUAUUGUGAAAGGGAUAAAUGCUCUGCCCCCACAAGAUCGACUACUAAAGUUCUUGUUGGACAACUCAGCAGACAGCGAGGAGACAGUGCAGUGUGCUAACUGUGAUCUGGAGUACAAGAAACAGGAUGUGGAUGCAAUGUAUUAUUGCAACACUUGUUGCCAGCCGCUGUGCAGAGACUGCAGGGAAACCACCCAUAAAGCCAAGAUGUUCGCCUGCCACGAGAUUGUCUCCCUUGCAAAGCGCACCAAAGAAGCCCACAAAAAAUGUGCCCUCCAUGGCGAACUCUACAUCAUGUUUUCUACAGAGAAGAAAUCCAUGCUCUGCAUCAACUGCUUCAGAGACAUGCAAGUGGAGAGCAGAGCACACUGCAUUGAUAUUGAGACAGCGUAUAUACAAGGGUGUGAAAAACUGGACCAAGCCGUCUUAGCUGUUAAGGAGCUUCAGACAUCUGCACGAGAGGCGAUCGCUCUGCUUAAAGCCAUGAUAGGAGAGGUCAGGACCAAUGUGGAUGAAGAGGAGAGCGCCAUCUGCACUCUGUUCAAUAACAUGCAGGAAAAGCUGGCAGAGAGAAAAAAAAUGUUACUCAAGGCAGCACUAAGUCAGCAUGAAGAGAAGGAAAGAGCUUUUAAAGAGCAGUUAUCUCAUCUUGCUGCACUCCUGCCAACUCUUCAGGUUAAUCUGGUCACUUGUUCUGCCUUCCUAAACUCAGCCAAUAAAUUUGAGUUCUUAGACAUGGGAUAUCAAUUAAUGGAGAGACUGAAAAAGAUUGUUAAACUACCACACAGACUGAGACCAGCACAGAGCAGUAAGAUAAAUACAGAGUAUCGCUCUGAGUUUGCCCGCUGUCUUGAGCCUCUCUUGCUGUUGGCACACCGUCGGUCAGUGUCCACUGCAGGAAUCGUGACAUUAGGUUUGGCAAAUACCAGCGGACAGAUGCAGUCAUCUCUCUCAGUCCAGUGUCAUUCUCCAUCCAUGAGUGACAUGUCUUUAUGCUCUUCUGUGGUGCGCAAGCCGAGCUCACAUCGAUACAUCAGUACCAAGGUUCUGCUGGCGGAGGGGGGAGAGACGCCCUUUAUGGAACACUGCUGCAGCUAUGAGAACAGCUUCAGGACUUUGCAUACAGAGAUCCAGAAACUCAAAGACCAGGUGCAGGAGAUUCACAGAGAUCUGACCAAACAUCAUUCCCUCAUAAAAACCGACACCAUGGGUGAGAUUCUGGAAAGAUCUCUACAGAUGGACGAACAGAUCUCUACAGAUUAUUCCUCAGUGGAGUUAAUGAGAGCCAUGUUUGAGGAGAUCUGGGAGGAGACGUUGCAGAGGGUGGCAAAUGAACAAGAGAUUUACGAAGCCCAGCUUUAUGACCUGCUACAAUUAAAACAGGAGAACUUCUGUUUGACCACCAUUGCCCGACAAAUAGGGCCCUACAUUCAGUCUAUAGCGAAAGUGAAAGAACGUCUAGAGCCCAGACUAAAGGAGCCCAAAGAACUACAAGAUGAUCGCACAGAAAUUAUGCUGAAGCUCUAUGAAGACAGCACCUCCACUCCUGACACACAACCCAGUAAUGAACUGUCCUGUAAUGUCGAAGACAACCGGACUUUUAACAGCCUAUCAGAGGAGACCACUCCUAAGAAAAAGGAUUGCUAUAGGACGAGCAAGCAGAAGAACAUUGACACAGCCAAUCGUAAAGAGAUAACACUGUGAAACCAACUUCAUGGAAUUAACCAUGUAUUUAAUAAAAGAUAAAAGUUUUAUAAGCUACAUUAUAAAUUGCUAUUAUUGUUUUAUAUCAUAGUAUAGUAGAUGAUUUUCUGACCCCGGAUCCUCUUCAAAGCAUGACAUUUUCAUGUAAUUUACCUAAACGAAACGAUAACAAGAUAACAAGUGUGUUACAAGUGUGUUUGAUAACAAGUGUGUUAUAAUUGACAGUACUUUCAUGUAGUAAUAAAAGCUUUUGUUAGCUUGA